CCCACAGCGCCCUCUCCUGGUCAGGAAAUGACGUACACCCCCAUUUCCGGUUCAUCAACCGCCCUCGUUCAGAAGUCAGGUACAUUUUAACAGCUAACGUUACAGAGAGACAGGCGGCCAUUAGCUCUGACGUCACCACCGUUAACUGGACCGUGUUUCAGGACUCAGAGGAGGAUCUAUAACUCCACAUAGGAUGCUGAAGAUCUCCAUAUUAAAGGUGGACAACCCGUCCUGCCUCUGGGGUCGGGUAGUCCAAGGCCCCGGUGGUGAUGCAGUGACCGCAGGACAGUACGACACUCUGCAGGUCCAGAUGAACCUCUUCUACCACGACGUCACUCAGGACCUGCAGAAGCUGAAGCUCACAUCGAUCGAGGAGGGACAGGUGUGUGUGGUGUACUGGUCCGUCAUGAAGUCGUGGUGUCGGGCUGUGGUGGAGUCCGUCAUUAUGGACUCGGUGUCCUGUCAGGCUCGCUGCCUCCUGGUCGACCACGGAGAACGACUCGUUGUCCCUUUAGACCAGAUCCGAGUCGCUGUGCAGACCUGCCUCCAGCUUCCCUUCUGGGUGAGGAGGUUCCACCUGGCGGGGAUCAAACCUACAACGUUGCGAGUGUCCGUGUGUGAGAGGGCAGAACUCAUCCCGUCGUCUCACUGGGACAGCUCCGCCACACUCUACCUGCACAACCUGCUGCAAGCGUCGACUCGGACAGAAGCCGUGCUGCUCAGAUCCGAGUGUGACUCCCACGCCAUCGAGCUCUACCUCACUGUGGGAAACAUCCAGAUCUGCGUGAACGACGACCUGGUGAUGAAGAAGUUUGCGUUUUACAUCAGAGAGUCAGCUGACGGCAGCCUUCUGGACGAGGCGGACCGAUUCCCCGUCAUGUUGCCGUCCAGCAUUUUAAACCAGCUCAGCCCUUCAAGGAGCGUCUGCAGAGCCGAACACACACAACCCUCUCCUGUUUAUCCCUCAGUGAUGUCACACGGUGUGGAUGCAGGCAGAGCAGGUGAUUGGCUGACGGCUCCCUCUGUAUCUCAGAAACAUCAUGAGCGGACGACCCCUGAGGAGGCUGAAGAACUACGAGUGCCCCGGAUCACCUCAGAAGCUGCUGCAGAGAGUGAUUCCUCAGAGGAGACGGACUCAUCUCUGGCUUCAGCUCUGACCAAAAACCUCAGUCUGUUCAGGUUCCUGAAGUUCCUGAAUCCUGGCAGCAGCUACCAGCCGGCCGCCCCUUCAGUGAGUCAGCAGGAGGAGAAGACAGACUCUGACCCUGAGGAGACGGCUACAGUCUGCACAGGACAGGAAGUGAACUCUGCCGGCGGCGCUUCAAACACAGAAUGUUUCCCAUGUGUUGUUUCGUGCCACAGAUCUGACCCCUCGUGCAGCAGUGAGGCUGUGACGCAGCAGGAGCAGACAGCCCUCAGUGUGAGUGGAGCUGCAGGUGUUCAUGAGAGACGUCAGGUUGAUCAUCCCACAGAUGAGGAAACAAGUGUGAGCAGAUCAGUGGAGUCUGGAGCAGCUGAUAAGACUUGGAGGAGUGAAGAGGACUGGGCCUGUUCACGACUUCUGGAGUGGUUGAACCCGGAGCCUCUGAACUCUGAUCCGGACGCUGCAGACGAUGAGACUGUUCCCAAUGAUCCCAGAAGGAGUGGGAUUCUGGUUCACUCCGCCCUCCCAGUGGUGCCCUGCUCCUGCCUGGAUGACGCCCCCAUCACCAACACUCUCCGCCGGGUGUUACAGAGGAAGCAGUACAACAGUCUGUCUCCAGCUGAGCGUUACAGCUGGGCGUCUGUGGCUCGAGGAAGCAACACUGUGAUCAUCUCCCCAAACGCUGACCAGCCACUCAGCUACCUCGCUCCACUCCUCACCCACAUCCAGCUCAACUCCAUCUUUACCUCCAUCACCUCCAGCACAGGGCCUAUAGCGGUGCUGCUGUGUCCCGGCUGGGAGAAGGUCCAGGCCGUGUACGACCUCCUGGAGGAGACCAAGGUCGCCCAAACCCUCCACCCUGCCAUCGUGCUGCUGGGCGUCGGCAAAGACGAGGCCAAGGCUGUCAAGAUCCCCAAAAACUGCCUGCUGUUAGUGACCACGCCCUUCAGCCUGGUCCGCCUGCUGUCCUGUCACUGCUUCCUGUUCCUGCGUCUGUACCACCUGGUCCUGGACGAGGCAGACCUGCUCUUCACUCUCGCUCCGGACCAGAUGGCGACCAUCCUGCAGCAUUUCCAGAAGGUGACGUCCAGCAAGCAGAAAGCGUCCUGUCCCCAGCAGCUCAUCACCGUCGCCAAAAGAUGGACCAGUCACAUGGAGGGCCUGUUAGCCAAUCACAUGCCUCACCCCUGCGUCGUCAUGACCGUCCCUGAGGAGGCAGCUCUCUACGGCGACGUCCAGCAGAUCAUCCUCAUGACUCCAGAGAGCAGCAAGAUCUCAGUCCUGCUCAGCGCGCUGGACUUCAACCCGGACGUGGGACAGAAGACUCUGAUCGUAGCAAACUCGGCUCAGGAGGUGGAAGACGUCUGCAAGGCCGUGACCAACAAGUCGGCGUUCUGCCUCAGGACCCACGAGGGGUUAACUCACAUGUUCGACUUCGUCAUCCAGCAGUGGAGGAAAGACAUCGGGCCCGGCACUCAUGUCAUUCUGGUGACCACCAACGAGUGCCUGAAGAGCCUGGGGAUCAGAGACGCAACGUGUGUCGUCCACUACAGCUUCCCCACGUCUCCCAAAGUGUUCGGCGGUCGUCUCUUCUGCAUGGCGGAGAACUUCAGGAACCUUUCAGAACGAGUUUCCUCCCUCAACCAAUCAGAGAGCAGCCCUCCUCCCACCAGGUCCGUGCUGCUGAUCUCCGAGAGGAACGCCCGUCACGUCGUCGGGGUUCUGCGUUACCUGGUACGAACCAACGCCCCGCUGCCGCCUGAGCUUCUGUCCUUCGCCCGGGGAGUCCAUGUGGCGCGGGAGGACCAGCGGACCAACAGGCCUCUCUGCAGAUACAUCAAGAGCUUCGGCGUGUGCAGAGACAGCAGUGUGUGUCUCGAUCGUCACAGAUUCAUUCCCAGACUGGAUCAGUCCGUGCUUCCAGCCUCCGGAGUGGUAGAGGUGAUGCCUCUCUACAUCAAGACGGCGUCGGUCUUCUACGGCUGCAUCAUCAGGAGAGAGGAGGGAGGUUUCCAGAGCCUGAUGUCCGAGAUGACUUCUUACUACGCCGACAAGAAACCCGGAGUCAAAGAGCUGCUGGAGGGAGGCUUGUACGCCGUGCAGGAGGACCAGAUGAUCCACAGGGUGAAGAUCCUGUCCGUCCCCGACAGAGCCGACCGCCUCUUCUUCAGCGUCUUCGUUCGGUUCAUCGACGUGGGGAAGGAGGAGGAGGUCAAGUCCCAUCAGAUCCUCCAGCUGCCCGAGCAGUUCCACUCUCUGCCGGGUCAGGCGGUGGAGAUCAUCGUCUGCCGGGUCAAACCCGUCGACGAAGAGGCCGACUGGCACCCAAAGGUCACCAGAGCGAUCAGCCAGAAGAUCAGAGGUCUACAGCACCGAGCGCGAGCUGUGUUCAGUCUGGGAAACACUGUUUUUGUUGAUCCUAUGGUGCGUGUGACUCAGAUCCAGGGCAUGAAGACUGUGAUCAACGAGUACAACGUGCAGUCUGAGAUCUUCAACACGGGGAUGGGAGUCAGCAACCCGGAGCAUCUGGACCUGCUGCGGGCGCUCUGCCAGGAGAGCAAGGACUGCAAGGAGGCGGGUCACAUGUCUGGCGCGGGGGACGGUCCUGAGUCUCUGGAGGUCAGGAUCAAAGCCGAGGAGGAAGUCCUGGCCGAAGCCUUCAGAGCCGCAGAGGUCAGCGGGCUCUCUGAACCUCCUCCGCUCGAGCCGUGUGAUCCGCCCAACAGAGAGAUCCAGUAUCUGAUCCCAGCACCACCUGCAGCUGAACCAAACCUGGCUCUGGUGUACGAUCAGACGCCUCUGAUGGGUCACCGGGAAGCCGAUGGACAGAGAAAGACCCACACACCUGAUCUGAGAUCAGCUGAGCAGAUGAUGAGGUCUGUAACGAUCAGAGAUGGACCAGAACUUAACCUCACAGCCAGCCAGCCUGCUCUCCUUAACGCAGUCGUGUUGAUGUGUGCAGGUGGAUCCGCCAGAGACAACGGAAGCAGCAGUCGUCAAGUUGUCUCCAUGAAUGAGACGAACUGUGAUGACUCCACAAAGAGUUUCCACCCUCAGGUCCGAUGGUUCCAGACGCCCGACUCUGUGACUGUCACCGUGAAGCUGACGAACCCGGAGAGUCAGCGCUGCGAGUUCCUCCCCGACGGGGUCGUCUACAGCGGCAGAGUGAAGGGGCGGAGCUACAGAGCCGACCUGGAGCUUCACGCCAACAUCGCUGCUGACCUCUGCUGCUGGGAAAUGAAGUCCAACGAGCCGGUCCUCAAACUGAUCAAACAACAGAGGGGAGUCUGGGAGAAACUCCUCAAGAACAAGAGCAUCUUUGUGAGUUACGAUCUGGAGCACAUUGAAGAGAAGGAAGAUAGAAUCCCGAACGGUGUUUGUUUCCUGGAGAACACGGGAGAGGACGGCUGGUACCUGAACAGAGAGAGCGACAGCGAGAGCGACUGAUGUCUUCUCAUCUGUUGGACUGCUGCUCUGACCUUUGACCUUCUCUGUGUUGAAGCUUGCUGAUGUGAGGUUUUGUCACAGGAACGUAACACUCACACUUUUAAGGUUUGGAUUUUGUACUUCACUAAGUGAGAAAAGGACGAUCCCUGAUACUUCUAUGUUCCUUUCACAUCUCAAACUUGUGAAAGCUGCAGCAGGAAUUUAUU